CUUGGCGCCCAGCGACAGCCACUCUAACGCCUGCGUCCCACUACUUCCACUGCUUUCCAAAAUUUUGUGGCUAUUUUCCCGGCGUUUUCCCGAUUUAAUCACCCAGCUUAUGUUUUGACACGGUACGUCAUCCGAAAAUGGGCCGGCGACGCAGCCGGGAGCGCGGCCAAGAGCCACCAGCACCAGGCUGUGAUAGUGACGACGAGAACGAAACGAAGCCAUCGAAGAAGCCCAAGCAGCGACCAAGCAAGGCCGCCAGAAAUAGUUCCAGUUCAUCGACUUCCAGCAGCAGCAGCAAUAGCAGCUCCAAGGGCAGCCGCAAGAGCAACCACAGUAAGGACUCCUCGCCGGAGGCCAAGAAGCCGAAGCAGGCCAGCAGCCGCAAGAAGUCAUCAUCGGAGCAGCGGGAGGCGCAGCAGGAAAAGCGCUCUAAGCAGCCCGAGGAGGUUCAGGAGCAACGCUCCAAGUGGGACACACCCGAGCGCGGUAGCGGAGGCGGUGGUGGGAGCUCACAUCGCAACAGCACGCGACAGCGUCAGGACCGGGACAGAGAUCGGGAGCAGCGUGACCGGGACAGGGAUCGCAACAGAGAUAAGGAACGGGAGCGGGAGAGGGAGAGGGAGAGCGACCGGAACCGUAACCGGGAGCGGGAGCGUGAGCGUGACAAUCACAUGCGGCGAGAUCGCAGUGGCCGGGAGCGGAGCCGAGAGCGCAGCAAGGAGCGCAGGCAGCGUUCGCCAGCCCAGAGACAACAGCGACCGCGGAGCAGGGAUCGAGAGCAGCAGCAGCAGCAGCCAAGGGAACGCCAGAGACGUUCGCCAGACAGACGACCAGCUCGUCGCAGUCGCAGUCGUAGUCCCCGUGAGCGAUCCCAUCGCGGUGGCGGUGGUGGACGUGACUUUGGCCAAGAACGUAACCGUAACCAGCGUCGCGACAAUCGUAAUCGCAACGAGGACGAACACUAUGAGUGGGGCAAACAGGAUGACAAGGAGAAGGCGCCCAAGGAGGACGAAGAACCCGUAGAGAAGGAGAAACCCAAUUUUGGUCUCAGCGGUGCCCUAACCGAGGACACCAACAAGGUUAACGGCGUGGUGGUGAAAUACUCCGAGCCCGAGGCCCGUAAACCCAAGCGUCGCUGGCGCCUGUAUCCGUUCAAGGGCGAAACAGCGUUGCCCACGCUUCAUAUUCAUCGCCAGAGCUGCUUCCUGGUCGGUCGUGACCGCAAGGUGGUUGACCUGGCCGUCGAUCAUCCCAGUUGCUCCAAACAGCAUGCCGCCUUGCAGUACCGCCUGGUGCCCUUCGAGCGUGAGGAUGGAAGCAGCGGGAAACGCGUGCGUUUGUACCUCAUCGAUCUGGAGUCUGCGAAUGGGACGUUUCUCAACAAUAAGAAAAUCGAUGGCCGCAAGUACUACGAACUGAUGGAGAAGGAUGUGAUCAAGUUCGGCUUUAGCUCACGCGAAUAUGUGCUGCUGCAUGAGAACAGCAAGGAGGAUCAGGAGGAUGACGACGUGCAUAUCAAGGAUGAGCCGCAGGAUGUGCCCGCUGUUGGAGAAGAAGCAAAUCCCUAGAGCUACGUUUUCUCUUUAUUAUUUUUUUUAUGUUCUUUUACAUAAAGCUUCAAAUGAAACGCGUUUUGUACCCGUAGGAACCUUGAACCAGAGAGAUGCAAGUGUAAAAAGUCGUAGCGGAACACAGUUUUGCGUGUUCACUGCCAACAAAAGAGAGCAAAAAGAAAGAUUAAUAUAUAAAUAAAUUCUCAAACGAA